UUGUAUUGAGCACAGUACUAUUUCAGUUAAGACAAUUAGCAUUCGGUUUUGGUAGCCUCGAAGUAACUAAAAUGUGUAGUAUCCUACAACUUAUAAAAGCAACAACAUUUUUAGUAGCUGUAACUUAUGCAGUCCAUGCGCAAACGUCAAGUGAUGUGAUACAAAAUUCGCAAGUUUUACAAGCAUGGAAACCGAAAACUACAUUAUCAUGUUUUACCGAACAUGAAUUAAAUGGAAUGCGCGAUACUAAAAAAUACGAAUCCAGCUAUAUUGAGUGUUUUAAGAAAGCCCAAGACUCUCGUCACCUAAAGGAACAAAAAUUUGCAAAGCAGCGUUUCAGUAUUAUAGAAUCAAAUAAGUUAUUAUGCGCUGGUUUAGAUUAUUGCAAUGGAAAAAAUAGCUCAGCAGAUUUUUUUGAAUGUCACGCUAAUUUUAGUUCGAAGGUUGCAAAAUCUGGGUAUGACGUAUCUGCCAUUUCAACCGAAAUUUUUCUAAAUCUGACCGAAACUUUCCGCACAAUUGAAGUGGAUCGCGAAAAUUGUUAUCGUAUAUCUUUUGAUGCUCACCUUAAACGUAUAAAUGAAAAUGUUAAAAAAAUAAUCGAUUGUUUACAAGGUAAAAUUAAAUACCCAGAAUAUAAAGCCACACCAGAUAUAUCAUCUAAACUACCUGUAAACAAAAAUUCUUCAGCUCAGAAACCCGAAUACAUAGAAAAUCAAUUUGAACAUUUAUUGAAGAUUCUAAACCCAUGAUAUAAUAACAAAAAUUUAAUUAUUCAAAAUUAGUAAAUAAAAUAUGAUUUUAUAUUUAAAAAAUUUAAAAUUUCUUCGAUUCAUCUUGACCUUCAUAUUUUUGUUGCACUUUUUAAAGUAUUGACUCAUACCUAAUUUCUAUACGUGGUAGUAAAUAACAUAUACUUCA